GUUCCUACACUCGCCACAUUACCGCGCGUGUAUGAGCUGGUGGGUCGUGAACGCGCCCAUUGCUGAAAAGCUGACAACCUGCAGACUUUUUUUAUUAGCCUGCCACAAUCAACACAUCACUCCUGGUUGGAUUCCGUUUCAGCAUUCCUGCUGAAAACCUUAGCGAUAGCUUACUGACUCGUCAUUUUUUUCCCUUUAUUUUUGGGGGAAUUGUACAGUAACCUGCCAAAAAAUGAAUCCGGCGUGUAGCAGAUGCAAUAAGACCGUGUAUCCAACUGAAAAAGUAAAUUGCCUGGACAAGUAUUGGCACAAGGGGUGUUUCAGCUGUGAAGUAUGCAAGCUGACUCUGAACAUGAAGAACUACAAAGGCUUUGACAAGAAACCCUACUGCAGCCAACACUACCCCAAGAGCUCCUUCACCAGUGUGGCCGACACCCCAGAGAAUCUGAGGCUCAAACAGCAGAGCAAGAUGCAGAGCCAGGUGGUGUACAAAGAGGAGUUUGAGAAGAACAAAGGCAAGGCCUACAGUGUGGUGACAGACACACCCGAGCUGCAGAGAAUCAAGAAGACGCAGGACCAGAUCAGCAACAUAAAAUACCACGAGGACUUUGAGAAGAGUCGGAUGGGAGGCGAGGCCCCUCCGCCAGAGCGCAAUGCCAAUCAAGGCAACCAGCAGUCUUACAACUAUGAUCCCGAGCCUGUGGCUGUGCCUGUGCCUGUGGCCCAUGUGGCUCCACCAGCUGCCGCUGCACCACCUAGUGCGCCACCUAGUGGUGGGAAGCGCUACCGGGCCCUGUACGACUACGCAGCGGCGGACGACGACGAGGUGUCGUUCGGGGAGGGCGACAUGAUCUUGGACGUGCAGCAGAUCGACGAGGGCUGGAUGUUCGGCCGCGUGCAGCGUACCGGCCAGCAGGGCAUGCUCCCCGCCAACUACGUGGAGCUGGCAUGAGAGGAGUAACACAGAGAUGGAUGGAUGGAUGGAUGGAUGGAUGGAGGGAGGAAAGAGGAAAUAAGGGGGGGGGGGGAAGGAAGGAGAGGGUAAUGGAGGGGUGCAGAAGAGAGAUUUAAGGGCUGGACAGGAGGAUUUUGGGGGAAACAAACAAACUAAAAGUGGGAGAGGGAGUGUACAGUGGAGUUGUCUUGACAACUCCGGUCCUUGCUCUGCUAUCAAAAUAAUUAGUUCGCCACUUAAUUUCACCUUUUGUCUUUUGAUGUUUUUUUCUAUUUGUAACGGGUCCCUGCUAUGGUUGCAGUCCAGCCAUGCGCUACUAAGGGCCAAUACCAUUUCCAGAUGGCAGUCACAAACCAAUGCCUUAUUUCAGUUGCCUUUACUUUGUGUUAAUUUCUUUCUCUUUGACAUGCACCUAUUUGCGUUGCAAGCUUAAAAGGCUCCUCUAUUUUGUGCCCUUUGCUCUCUUGUAUUCUCAUUUUGGCACCGCUAACCUUUCUAUAUUUGAGCACAAUGUGAAUUUGGUCCCCAUAUUCAGUCUUGUUGGGUUGAUUGACCUCAGCAAGGAAGAAGGGUCACGGGCUGCAGUAUCUGCUGGGUAAUGUAGUUUUCUGAAACUUCCUAGCUUUUGGUGAUACUUGGUAGGUACACUGGAGGAUCCAGCCCAUAAUGUCUGAACUGAACAGAAUCCACAGCAGGCAACGGCGGAGGAGUACGAUCUGGCCCCUCCAAAACCACACACUUGAUGAUGCACUUUUUAGGGAUAAUCAGAAACGAUAAUAGGAAGAAAUAAAAACAAAACAAAUAUAUAAACAAAAAAAAAUCAGAUGGGUUUUAUAUGAAAUAGAAAUUGAGUCCUUGUUACAGAGUGCAGUGCUGUUUAAAGCUGACCUCCCUUUGAGAACGGAUAGAGGUCAGUCACAAAAAUCUUGAAUGGUCUUUUAUAGAAACUCCACAAAAAAAGAAACGCUGUAUAGUGUAAUCAAUUACUUAUCAUUCCAUUGUUAUUUUUUAAUGAAGCAUUCCAAUCCAUUAUAUUGCAAAAUAAAAUGGUGCAAUGAAA